AUGGGACCAGGCGGCAUGGGGACUAAUGUCAUCGCCAUCGGACCAGACGGGACAGACGUAAUCGGGAUUGGACAUCGGCAGACUUCGGCUGCGUCAUCUACGGCGUCGGAAGGCAUUCGAUAUAUUCUGCCCGACUCGUGCACGGCCCAGUUGGUCAAGUUGGGUUGCGCUUUGGCCUGGACUGGUUUGGGUCUGACACUAACGACAGCUGGUACUAGUAUUUGUCGCUGGUUAAGUGGUCAUGCCGCGCAAGGACUGUUCGGUAUCCUGGGCGCUGUCCUGCUGGGCUCCAGCAUCAUCCUUGUGGCACUCUUCACGACUCGGCCUUCUGCAUUUUGGCGCAGCAAAAAGAUACGACUCUUCCACAAACUUAUCGCCAUACCACUCAUCACUCCUUCAGUUCUGUAUAUCGUUCAAUUUGCCGUCAUUCUUGCCAAAAUAGACGAAGACAACAGCAUCUGGUGGGACCACUGGGCGGCAGCUAAAGGCCACGACUACAAACUGGUAACCAUCCCUUUCCGAAUCUAG